ACAGGAUGGUCAUGUCUUUCUGUCUGUCUUUCUUCACAAAGGUCUUUGAGGUUCAGAACAGCUUAGAUGAACUUUGAGUCCAUCAUCUUCAUAUGAGCAGAUCUGAUCGAAUGUUGAAGACAGGAUCAGUUACAGAAAGAGAAGUUCAGUAAAAACUCUCUGAAAGUUCUUAUUGUGAGGAACUCGUGGACUGACGUCUCGUCUUAGAGAAGCUCUCUGAACCUUCAGCUCACUCUGGUAUCAGGAGGAGAAAUCUAGUCAAUUAUUGGAGGUUUUUUUGAUGAUUGAAAUGAAACCGUCCCUCAGAAUAAACUCAGAAUAAAGCAGAUCUCCAGUUUCCAUCAGUUCCUCUGAGUGGAAACAGAAGAGGUCAAAGUUCAGCUUCAGUCUGUAAAGUAGUCAGAUGUGUUUCAGAUUAGUCUUGAUGGACAGAUUCUCUUCUCUGUUUUUAAAGCUGACUGACGUAUCUGAGGCAGACUGUCUGUCUCUGUCUGUCUCUGUCUGUCUCUGUCUGAUCUCCUCUGAACGACCCUGCUCCCUGCUCCCUCCUCUUCCUCCUCUUCCUCCUCUUCCUCACAGCUGACCUCUCAUGAAGAAACUCUGCUUUUGUCUUUCCACUGCGAUCUGUGUCACUGUGUGUUUUUCUUUGUCCACAGGGACACAAAGUGUGUGUGUGUGUGUGUGUGUGUGUGUGUGUGUGUGUGUGUGUGUGUGUGUGUGUGUGUGUGUGUGUGUGUGUGUGUGUGUGUGUGUGUGUGUGUGUGUGUGUGUGUGUGUGUGUGUGUGUGUGUGUGUGUGUGUGUGUGUCUGUGUCUGUGUCUGUGUGUGUCUGUGUCUGUGUGUCUGUGUGUGUGUGUGUGUGUGUCUGUGUGUGUGUGUGUGUCUGUGUGUGUCCUUGUGUCUGUCUGUGUGUGUGUGUGUGUGUGUGUGUGUGUGUGUGUGUGUGUGUGUGUGUGUGUGUGUGUGUGUGUGUGUGUGUGUGUCUGUGUGUGUGUGUGUGUGUGUGUGGAUGUGUGUGUGUGUGUGUGUGUCUGUGUGUGUGUGUGUGUGUGUGUGUGUGUGUGUGUGUGUGUGUGUGUGUGUGUGUGUGUGUGUGUGUGUGUGUGGAUGUGUGUGUGUGUGUGUGUGUGUGUGUGUGUGUGUGUGUGUGUGUGUGUGUGUGUGUGUGUGUGUGUGUGUGUGUGUGUGUGGAUGUGUGUGUGUGUGUGUCUGUGUGUGUGUGUGUGUGUGUGUGUGUGUGUGUGUGUGUGUGUGUGUGUGUGUGUGUGUGUGUGUGUGGAUGUGUGUGUGUGUGUCUGUGUGUGUCUGUGUGUCUGUGUGUGUGUCUGUGUGUGUGUGUGUGUGUGUGUGUGUCUGUGUGUGUCCUUGUGUCUGUGUGUGUGUGUGUGUGUGUGUGUGUCUGUGGAUGUGUGUGUGUGUGUGUGUCUGUGUGUGUGUGUCUGUGUGUGUGUGUGUGUGUGUGUGUGUGUGUGUGUGUGUGUGUGUGUGUGUGUGUGUCUGUGGAUGUGUGUGUGUGUGUGUGUGUGUGUCUGUGUGUGUGUGUGUGUGUGUGUGUGUGUGUGUGUGUCUGUGUGUGUGUGUCUGUGUGUGUGUGUGUGUGUGUGUGUGUCCUUGCGUGUGUGUCUGUGUGUGUGUGUGUGUGUGUGUGUGUGUGUGUGUGUGUGUGUGUGUCUGUCUGUGUGUGUGUGUGUGUGUGUGUGUGUGUGUGUGUGUGUGUGUGUGUGUGUGUGUGUGUGUGUGUGUGUGUGUGUGUGUGUGUGUCUGUGUCUGUGUCUGUGUCUGUGUGUGUCCUAGUUUCCGUGGUUACCUGCAGGUAGAGGAGUACCUGUCCCCCUGCAGGUCGUUCAUCUCAGUGUUCAUCUUUUCAUCCUGAUAAUCGUUUCUCUCUGAACCACAUGUUUCUCGGUGCACCUGUUCACAGCUCAAUUAGUCCUGAUUAAGGUCAAGAUGAAGGUCGUUUAUCAGAACCAUCUCACACUUCUCACUCAUUAAUUCUGUAAUUGUAAUAAUUGGACUGAAAAGCAGCAGCUCGGCGUCGUCGUCUCCUCCAGGUGUUCUUCGUUACUAACCAAACGUCUGUCGCUCCUCUCUGCUCCUCGUGUUUACGCUCGUCCUCCUGACAGAGGUUUAUCUUCUCCUCUCUGUCUCACGUCAUGAACAUUUGGAGGUGAGUGACUCUUUUUUUUGUCCUUGCUGUUUUUGUGAAGGUCCGCAGAGAGUACAGGAAGUUCUUCAGGGCGAACGCCGGCAAGAAAAUCUACAACUUCACCAUCCAGAGGAUCGUAAGUUUGACUCGAUAUCGUCUCAGAUCCUCUUUAAAAAAACAACAACAGGAGCGACAGAAACAAAAGGGUUUCGUUGUUGUUGUUGUUAUAUUUUCUAGUUCAGCCUCUUUGUGAUGUUUCUCUGAUGUUCAUUUUUCCAGAUGCAGAAAUACUUCCUGGGCCUGAAGAGCUCCACCCCCUCCAUGUCCCCCAUAGACAGGAAGUGGCCCAGCAGGCCUUACCUCUUCCUGGACGGAGCUCAUACAGAACUGCGGAGGAUCUUCCAUCUCUGGAGGGUUAGUCCAAAUCCCCCCCCCCCAAACCAAAACCAGAACCACCAUCUUCUCUUCCUGUUCAGUUUCUUUCCUGUCCGCUCGUCCUUCACUCUUCUGUCACACAUCUGCACCUGAGAUCUUUGGGUCAUUGUAGAGACGAGUGGAAUCGGACCCACCUGAUUGGUCCAGAGGUCCUGUUAGUACUGAGGACACAUAUUCAGAGACAGGCUCAGUGAUGCGUCACAUGAUCAACUCUGAAUAUUCUCCACUCCUGAUCUGAUUCUGUUCACCGUGUUUUUUCUGUUCUUUAUUCAUCAUGUCAUUAUUGCUGCAGCAGACAUGGAGAGACGAUCACAGAUACUCUGAUCAGCGUCUUCUUCUCCAUGUGUUUGUGUGUUCAGUGUAAGAAGUACAGGAGUCAGUUCACGGAGGAGAAGAAGGCUGUUUAUGAGGAGAAGCUGGAGGCCAGUGAGAUCUUCAAGGAUAAGAAGACUCUGUACCCGAGCAGGUACCAGCAGCAUGUUCCUCUAUCCCAUAAUACCCUCCUGUUUGAUUAAUGAGCAGAUUAGUGCGUCUUUAAUUUCACACUCUGAACCACAGUAAACACGGCGGGGCGUCGUCCUCUGACGUGGUCGUCAUUAUGAAUGUGUGUGUUUUCUCAGCGUGAGUCAGCCCUUUAAAGGAGACUACCUGGAGAUCAGCAAGAACCCCAAAUACCAGAAACUCCACAGCGCCGUGGAUGAGAAGGUCCUGCUGGCAGACGUGGUCAACAAGAUUAACAGGGCCAACGGCAAGGUGAGACGGAUCGCUCGCCCCACAGUAAAGCAGCGUUUGAUGUGGUUUUGCUAAAAGCUCUUAAAUUUCACCCACAGUUUGGACAUUAGCUGUGGAUCCACUCAGACCUGCUGCUGCUCAGAACUAUUAAGUUGUUGGGAAGGCUUUUUCACUUAGCUGUGCAGCUGCAGCGGUUUUCUUGUCAUUCAGACGACCGGUGUGAAAUUAGUUCCAGAAGAGAGCAGAUAAAAUGUUUUCUCUUUUUUAAACUCUGUCCCAGUUUGAAGGUUUAAAGGUGGAGAAAAGUCUGCAGCUCAGCCGUAAAUCUGACGUCUCUCUGCAGAGGAGUGACUGACAGUAGUGAUGAAACUGUCCUCUUCUGAUUCUCAGGGGACGCCCCGGAUAUUCCUGCUGACUAAGAAGAGUGUGGUCCUGGCUGAUCAGAAGACAGGCCAGGUGAAGGCCAGCGUUCCUCUGCCGGACCUCAGCAGUGUGUCCGUCAGCACGCAGAGCGACGGCUUCUUCGCUCUCAAACUCAAAGAGGUGAGCAGGACGAGACGUUUCACAGAGACGAGUCCAAAACAUGAUUGUUGAGGGACGCUCUGUGAGGGAACGUGGAGAACAGCAGCAUUUCUAAUGAACCAGUUCACAGCAGGGGGUCUGAAUCCCCGUCACUGACUUUACAGCAGGAAGGAUGUCUGACUGAUCAGCUGUUAACUGAGAAUCAUUCAGACCAAAGAAGGCGUCCACAGGUUUAUCACGGGUUAACAGAGAAAUGUUCCUGUCCUGUAAGAAUGAGCGGACACAUGAAGAGAGAACUGAUGCAGCCAAACGUCCUGAUAUAAUACUUUAUAAUACUUUAUAUAUAUAUACUAUAUAUAAUACUUUAUAAUAGUUUAUAUCCAGAGGAGCCGGAGGACUCUUUGUUUCAGUAGAAGUCAAAUCCAGGAUUAAAGUCCAGAUCGCUGUGAUGUCGACCGCUCUCACGUUUGAGGCGGUGUGCUGAACUUCAGCUGUGACGAAAUCACAGGCCUGCUGAGUGUUUGUGCAGCACGUCUACAUGUCCCACAGUAAUGGAUGAUCACCAUCAUCCACACUGAAUCUGUCAGACAGACUCAGAAACACAAACAACAUUACCAUGAGCCAACAGCCCAGAGAUGUCCAGGAUAGUGGAGAAUCUUUCAACCUCCUACAUCUGCAGUUUUUAAACACACAAACUGGACGACCUCCAGUGUGAGGAGAAGUUAUCAUCAUCAUCAUCACUGGUGCUCAUUUACAUCAGACGCUGCAGAGACAGCAGAGAGAUCUUAGUGCAACACAAGACAAAUACUUUUUAUUUCUAUUCAGAUUUACGACCAACAGAAACUCCACUAACAUCCCUCUAACCAGCUGCCCUGACUCUCAGACUUCAGCGUUACUCUCAGACUUGAACGUUACUUCAUCAUAAAUCAAACAGACAUCAUCUCUGAACUCGGACCCUGAUUGAUGCUCCAUAAACAAACACGGACGGUCGGUAUGUGAGCUGUAAUGUAGCUGCUAAAAGGACGUGACCCUGAGGGACACUGGGCCCUGUGUCUCCAUGGAGACCAGAGUGUCAGCAGAACCCGGGUCCAUGUUCCUGUUCCUGUUCCUGCUGCUGAGUCUCUAACUCUGUUAAAAACACUCAUUAGCAGUAAACCUUUGUUUACAGGUCAGUUCAGCCUCAGUUAUAGAAGCUUCUCCACUGAACGACAGAGUGAAACCAUGUCCUCCAUUUCUAUGAAGUGAUGAAUCCACUCUGCAGUCUUAGAGGUCAUGUCAGGGUCAUCGAUGUUAAACAGGAAACAGCUUCAGUUAGAGGAAGUUCAUCACACCGGGCUGAUCGUAGAGCUCGGGGAUAAACGAAGGUUCAAAUGGACUCUGUGGAUUUUAUCACCCCACAGUCUAUGAACACAUGAGGGUGACGUUUCUGUGUUCGAUGUUCCAGGGGUCAGCUUCAGCCACCAAAGGAGACUUUUUACUGAGCAGCGAACACCUGAUCGAGAUCAUCACCAAGCUUCACCGUACCGGAGCCACGGCUGCAGACCAGGAGCAGCUGAGCGUCGACAUCUCAGACGAGUAAGGAGCUGUGCAGUCAGGUCUGUGUUUGAGGGGAGAGGGUGAGAGUGAAAUAAUGACUCUGAUGUCUCCAUGACAGGUUCCUGGUCCAGUUCAAGCAGGACAAAGUCUGUGUGAAGUUCAUCCAGGCGGCCCUCAAGAACGGCAACAGCGUGUCCUGCAAACGCAAGAACAACCGCCUGCUGGAGGUGUCGGUCCCCAUCACGGCGUAGAGCGCCCCCUCACCAGAGCUGUUACCGAAUGGUCAGAUAGGGGGCGCAGUUCUACCAUCAUCUUCUCAGAAACUCUGCAGAAACAUCAGCAGGCCCCGCCCUCAGCCCUGGAGUGACAGUUAUUUAGCCUGUUGUGUUGUUGUUGUUGUUGUUCCUUCAGUGUCUUCCUCUCAGAUUUAUGACGGCGCUGAUGUCGCUGUAACCUGAUCAUGUCAUGUGCCACAUUCUGGCAGAGAGAGCCCACAGCUGGGUUGCAUGCCACAGAAAUUGAGUCAAAUGUUUCACCAGUGUUUGUAAAACUUAAAGAGUUGAAGAUCUCGGUGGGACUCUGAGAUGUUCUCCAGCAGCGACUUCACUUGAUUGUUCUGCCUGUAAGUUAAAUUAGUCUUCAGAGAAAAAGUCAUGAUGAGGAGUUUGUGACGAGCAGCAGCCCCGACUGUCCCCGACUGUCCCCGACUGUCCUCGACUGUCCCCGACUGUCCCUGACUCAGAAGGCUGUAAACUCCACAGAUGAAGUUUCUCUGAAGAUCUGAAGUGAAGCUGCUCUUGUUUUUACCUCGGUGUAACCAAAAGAGGAUGAAAAUGAAUCUGAUUGUUUGUUCUACGAUGUUUUUCUCUGAAAAAAGACAACAGGACGUUCAGGAGGUUUAGGGUAACUGUUGAGACACUUUAGUCUCUGCAGUCACACAGACCCCGUCAUGUCAGUGUAACAUGUUAGUUUAGGUCAGCAGCUCUAAUACUUCUGUUUACAUGACGUUACCAAAUCUUUGAACAUGGAGAGUUGGCAGGACUGACACAGUUUUCCUCAACAGCCACAUUAGUCUGAAGCUUUUUGAAGUGAAUCCAGAACCUCUCCUCUCCUCUGUGAUGAGGUCAAUGUUUCAGUCAAAGACCCUAAAAAAGACCAUCAGGAGACACAGGUACCUGCAUCUUCCAACAGUCCACAUUAGAGACUCCAAGCUGGUCUGAAAUCAGUCUGAACCUUUUUUUUUUUGUGUGCAAUAAAUGACCCCCCCCACACACACACACACACACACAGUAGUGAGCUCCCGGCUCUGAGGGCCCCGGCUCUAAGGGCCCCGGCUCUAAGGGCCCCGGCUCUAAGGGCCCCGGCUCUGAGGGCCCCGGCUCUGAGGGCCCCGGCUCUAAGGGCCCCGGCUCUGAGGGCCCCGGCAUGGACACAGGCUUUCUUUACUAUUUACGCUUUAAUUGCUGUGUUUGUGAAAGCGCCGUUCUUGCCGCUGCAGCUUGAGUUCUUGUCGUGCCUGACCCGCUCGAACCGAACGUGGAGUUUUUAUUCAAAUAUUCACCGGACCAUCGAUUCACGAUGUCUCUGAAGAAAUACUUUCAGCUUCUGCAUCUUUUUAGGACGAGUAAACUUUUCUACACAGAUAUUUAUACAUUAGCCAAAUCUGAUUUUUAAGGAAGCAGCAGAGUGCCACAGGUCCAGGUUUGUCGACCAUUAUAACCUCGUACUGGGAGUAAUGGUCGUGGGUUUUGUACUCUUGAUUUGUAUAUCCACCAGACUCGUCUCUGGUGACUGUGGGAGGUGAACACAGCCAAAGUGGGUGUUGUGGGCUUUAAUAUCUGGGCUACAAUAGUUUGUAAGUUGCUACUGUAUAUUUUUUCAAUGUCACACAAAGAUGAGACGGAGGACGUCAGCGUCUGUCCGUCUCACAGUAAAGAGUGAGUUUGAACACUAUUUUUGAUGUCAUCUCUUUCUUGGCAGUGACAUCCUCUCUCUCCCUCCCUCUCUCUCUCUCUCUCUCUCUCUCUCUCUCUCUCUCUCUCUCUCUCUCUCUCUCUCUCUCUCUCUCUCCCUCCCCUCUCUCUCUCUCCCCCUCUCUCUCCCUCCCUCCCUCUCUUUUCUCUGUUUCGUAUUUGAACAACGGCUCGAUCUGCAAAUUGAUGUCUGCAUUCUCGUGUGCCUAAUGUCGACCUGUGCUGAAAAACACUUAGAAAUGUUUGAAUAGAACUCAGUGUAACAUUUACAGUAAUCUUCUUUUUUUUAAAUUAAAUAAAGUCAGUCAUAAAUACUCGUCGUU